AUGACAUCCCACCCCUACGACCAACCCAUCCGCGACAUAACCAACUACAUCCACAACCACCCCAUCACCGACCCAGAAGCCUACACCGCCGCGCGCAUCGCCCUCCUCGACGCCCUCGGCUGCGCCAUUGAAACAGUCUCCAAGAGCCACUCCGCCCGCCAACUCCUCGGCCCCUUCAUCCCCGGAACAACCGUCCCCAACGGCUUCAAAGUCCCAGGAACAGCAUACCAAGUUGACCCGGUCAAAGGAGCGUUCGAUCUAGGCGUGUUGAUUAGGUACUUGGAUCAUAAUGAUGCUUUGGGGGGGAGGGAGUGGGGACAUCCUUCUGAUACCAUCCCCGCCCUAUUAUCCAUAACCGAUUACCUCAGUCGAAGCGAUACAAGACCAACAAUAACGCUCCACACCCUCCUAACCUCCCUCAUCAAAUCCUACGAAAUCCAAGGCCACUACCAACUCCACAACGCCUUCAACACCCACAACAUCGACCACGUGAUCCUCGUCAAACUAUCCUCCACAGCCAUCGUCUCAUAUCUCCUAGGCCACACUCCCGAAACCACACAAGCGCUUCUCUCGCACGUCUGGAUGGACGGACACCCCUCCCGACUGUAUCGGGGGAAGGAAACCACUGUGCCCCGGAAGGGCUGGGCCGCUGGGGACGCGAGCAGUCGGGCCGUGCAGUUGUGUUUACUGGGGGAUAAGGCUGGGGAGGCGAUGAGGGGUGUUCCGGGGGCGCUUAGUGCGAGGCCGGGGGGUUUUGGGAGGGGAGGUUUCCUUUGGGGUUUCGGUUUCCGGAGGAUGAUAGUGGUGGUGCUGGAGGGGGACAUGGGAUUGCGGCUGUUGAGGGGGCGGUUGUUCAAGCGGGACGGAUGA